AUAAUGCACGUGUACACCAGGUGGAGGGCAUCGAACCUGGAACUACCAGCAGAGAGAUUGACAACAUGAAUUAAUGCACCUGUCUUGCAACUUUUCAUAUGAUUUUUUUCUUUUAUUCUUACUCGGGUGUGCGUGACAUUUUUGGAAGGGGCCGCUCAAAUCUCGUGCUCAAGUCUCGCCGGCUCUCAUGGGACUCGGUCACUCGUCGCGUUGUUUGCUGCUACGGCGGAAGAUGGCGGAGGCGGACGGCUGCGAGAGGCACCAUGCUGUCACCUCCCACUUCUCCCAAUCUGCCCAUCCGCCUUCGGCGGCCAAACCAGUGCCUGCCGCCCACCACCAGCAUGCACCCCGCGACCCCCAGGUGUUUCGCGCCGCUCGAAGCAGGGGCGCCACGUCUGUCAGCCCCGAGGAGAUGACGUCGCGCGACUAUUACUUUGACUCCUACGCCCACUUUGGCAUCCAUGAGGAGAUGCUGAAGGACGAGGUGCGCACGCUAACGUACCGCAACGCCAUGUAUCAUAACAAGCACGUCUUCAAGGACAAGGUGGUGCUGGAUGUCGGCAGCGGGACGGGAAUCUUGUCCAUGUUCGCCGCAAAUGCUGGUGCCAAACACGUCUAUGGGAUUGAAUGUUCCAGUAUAUCGGAAUUUUCCGAGAAGAUCAUCAAAUCCAACCAUCUGCACAACGUCGUCACUAUUUUCCAAGGCAAAGUGGAGGAGGUGGAGCUUCCCGUGGAGGAGGUGGACAUCAUCAUCUCUGAGUGGAUGGGCUACUGCCUCUUCUAUGAGUCCAUGCUCAACACUGUCAUCUUUGCUAGGGACAAGUGGCUGAAACCGGGUGGUCUUAUGUUCCCUGACCGAGCUUCCCUCUAUGUGGUUGCCAUUGAAGACCGGCAAUACAAGGACUUCAAGAUACACUGUAAAUCCUUUUGGGCGUUUUUUUUUUUUUUUUUAAACUCUGGAUUAAAUGUCUAUCCCGAUCAAAUUGAAUAUGUGUGUGCAGGGUGGGAGAACGUGUACGGCUUCGACAUGAGCUGCAUUCGCAACGUGGCCAUCAAGGAGCCUUUGGUGGACGUGGUAGACCCUAAGCAGGUGGUCACCAACGCUUGUCUGCUAAAGGAAGUGGACAUCUACACGGUAAAGCCGGACGACCUGACCUUCACGUCGGCGUUCUGCUUGCAAGUGCAGCGCAACGACUACGUGCACGCGUUAGUCACCUACUUCAGCGUCGAGUUUAGCAAGUGUCACAAGAAGACGGGAUUCUCCACCGCGCCGGACGCGGCUAGCACGCACUGGAAGCAGACAGUCUUCUACUUGGAGGACUACUUGACGGUGAAGAAAGGCGAAGAGAUCUUCGGCAGCAUCGCCGUCAGGCCCAAUGAGAGAAAUGUGCGUGACCUGGAGUUCACCUUGGAACUGGACUUUAAAGGCCAGCUGUGCGAUGCCGCCAUCUCCCACGACUAUAAGAUGCGUUAGCACCCCCGAAACCAACACCCCGGCCAGUCUUGAUGUCAUCCGAAUCAGCAAUAACACCAAAAUGGCAGACAUUUUGAAGAAUGUAACGAAAGCUUAAUGGACCCUCAUGGACUUGUUUUGACUUAACUGUUUAGCAUGAGAAGGCUGGGUUACUUAUUGGCUGCCAUUGAAAGUGCUAGUGAAAAUGGACUGGACGUCUAUCGCUGUCAAUGGCAGCGGAUGAGUUAAGAAUACUCAGAAACAUACUUAAAAUGAAUUAA